CUAUCUCUACCAAGAUCAAUCCGAACAGUUAUGUAAUGACUUCCAGCUUAUCGAUCAUUUGGGAUGUGUAGUCAUGCACAUCAACUUUACCAGUGUUAAGGCUAAGACAAAAAACUACAACUUCCGGCAUGCUUAGAGGCGCAUCGCUCCGCUCGAGUUACUCUCACACGGACUGUAGUUCGCUCUACUGAAGAAAUCCGUCUUAAUGAUCCGGUUGGUGAAUAAGUAAAAAGAGUUUGGUGUCAUGGCGGAAUCUGCAGAUUGUUCUGCUUUCCAGCUCGGCAGACCCCGAUACGAUCAGACUUCAUUCCUUGGACGUCUGAGACACUUUGUUGACAUCAUUGACCCUAGCACCCUGUUUGUUUCAGAGAAAAAACUAAAAGAGUGCAUCAAACUCCUUGAUGACUAUAAACAUGGCACACUUCCUCCUGGAGUGUCUGCAGAUCAGUUGUGGGAGGCCCAGAAGAUUAAACAGGCCAUCAUUCACCCUGACACAGGAGAGAAGAUCUUCAUGCCAUUCCGAAUGUCAGGUUAUGUACCAUUUGGAACACCAAUUGUCAUUGGCCUUCUCCUCCCAAAUCAGACUGUGAUGUCUACCAUUAUAUGGCAGUGGUUGAACCAGAGUCAUAAUGCCUGCGUGAACUAUGCAAACCGGAAUGCCACUAAGCCUACUCCAACAUCUAAGUUUCUUCAAGGCUAUGUGGGCGCUGUAACCAGUGCUGUCUCUAUUGCUGUGGGACUGAACAUGCUUAUUCAGAAGGCCAACAAGCUGAGUCCUUCCACCAGAAUGAUUAUUCAGAGAUUUGUCCCCUUCCCAGCUGUAGCGAGUGCAAAUAUCUGUAACGUAGCUCUAAUGAGACACAAUGAGCUGUCAGAGGGGAUUGAUGUACUGGACCACACUGGCAGCGUGGUGGGAUCCUCCAAAAUUGCUGCUAGACAUGCAAUAAUGGAGACGGCCUUCACACGUGUCGUCCUUCCUAUGCCGAUUUUUGUCUUGCCUCCAAUCAUCAUGUCCUACGUUGAAAGGCUGCGAUUCCUGCAGAGAAACCGAAGAUUUCUGCUGCCAAUCCACAGCCUUGUGUGCCUGGUUACUUUCGGCCUCUCUCUGCCCGUGGCCAUCAGCCUCUUUCCUCAGAUGUCUCAGAUUGAGGUGUCUCGCCUUGAGCCGGAGAUUGCCAUGGCAACGGAUUGCAGACUGUUGACCUACAACAAGGGUUUAUGAUGAAGAUGCGAUUCGAGCAUAAAACAGAGACAGCUUUCUGAAUAACUCUAAACGCAGAACUAGCUAUUAGAGGUGCUGUGUCUACCUAACAUUCCUGAACCUGUUUUUCCUCCAGAAACCGCUGCAUUCAUUGAGCCAACAUGUGGUCAGACACAUCCGUGAGAGUUUUCUUUAUUGGAAAUUCCUAUUUUUACUCUAAAAUCCCAUUUAGCAAUAAUAUACACCUGAUAUUUACAGGGUACUGUCCUCUGCGCAGUAUUAAUGUACAGCUGCAACUUCUGUAGCAGAAUCGACUCAAGAGGUGAUUUGUUAAAGUUUUUCUCUCUAGGUUUGAUAAUGACAUAAGUACUGUAUUUAGAAGCCUUUCUGCUCUAUUUUUAAUUCUCAUUUUCUAGAUUUUUUUUAUUUUUUUUUAUCUCAUUCAGUUCGUUUACAUCUCCCUCUUCCUAUCUCCUCAUCUCUAAAUGUUGGACCUUUGAGCAGCUCUGACAGCUGGUGUUGGGAUGUUUGUUUAUCAGUCAGUUUUUCACAGCGAGCAGCUACUGGUGAAGCAACAGAAAUAUAGUGAUUUAGGUUGGAAGCAGCAGUGGGAAAAAGGGGUUAUUGAGCUUUGUAGAGCUGCAGCUGCAUAGAGGUGAUUCUUCCACAUUUAAUUAAACCCAUUAUUAAGUAAAAGCCUUAGAAUAAAAGUAUUUUAUGGCUUCAGAAUACUUUUACACUAAGAAAUGAUUUACUAAUUUUAGGCCUUUAAAUUAGCAACUGUUUUUUUUUUUUUAGGGACAUGGUGUUAACAGAAUCCUAUAUUAUUGCACUUCUUUGACAGCACUCAGACUUUUUCUGGGCAGUUUCACAAACCUUAUAUAUGUUCCACCUUCCUUCCUACACUCCUUGCACAGUAACAUGAGCAGUGUUAAUGUAACACUUAAAGAGUCAAUGUCAACACUGAGUCAGGUUACAUAUGGUCCUGCCCUGUACAGUGUAAAACCUACACUGAUCACAGUGUCAGAAUUUCUGAGUUAAUUUUACUCUAGUAGGAGCCGAAUUUAGUUAUAGAGUCAAAUAAAAAUUACUCUGACAAUUGUUAACUUAGUUCAACACCUGUAAAAUGUCAACACUAAGUGGAGUAAAAUUAACUGGCAGGACCAUACAGUAUGUAACCUGGCUCAGUGUUGAAAUUGACUCUUGGUGUUAAACUACAAUUUUAUUUAUCUCAAGGUGUACAGCCAAAACGUCAAUAAGAAUUUU